CUGUGGUUCAACCCAGCUCCAUGAUAUUACGUCAUUUAUUGUUAGACGGUGCCGAGCCCCGCGCACGAACUGCGGACUGAUCCUCCAGAACCAGCCUGUUCUGAAAGUAACAGGGCCAGAAACGUUUAAUGAUCGCACAUCACGUCUUCACGAGCAGGUGGAGGGAUGAGUCUCUCCCCUGUGACUGGCACCGGAGUGCCAGAAACGCCUAACGGGGUUGCAACUCCUGUUGCUGUGGAGAACGGCCCCCAUGGCCCCGUGUCGGUGAACUGUGGGGGGAGCGCAUUGCCCGAUCCCAGAGAGGAUUCAUCAGACGGGCCUUUUGCACGCACAGAGAACCAUGUUGACUUGGAGAACAGAGUGAAUGAUGGCAAAGGCCACUUGGACACAGAGGUGGACAUCGGUGGGAGGAUGUCCAGUUUGUCGUUACACAGCUCUCAGACGGCAGAUCCGUCGGUCCCGGCUGCCAUAAGCUCGGCAGACACUGAAUCAGCACCCAAAGACACAGACACUUGUCAGACCCCUGAGACGGUCUGCCGUCCCGAUGGUCUGUGGGACGCAGCACAGCUCGGACAGCCCAAAGAGUCGUCCCAGCGAGGAGGCGCCAUGACUGCCGACAGACAGCAGACAGAGGCAGAGAUGUUCGAUGAAGGUGCUGAUUGCCAAGAGGAGGAGGAGGAGGAGGAAGAUGGAGAGAAAGAGAAGCAAGACGAGGAGGACGACGAGAAAAACGAAAGCAAAUGGAGAAAUCAGCACGCGGGAAAGAGAGCGGAGGCUGAGUCCUCGAGGCAUUACUCGUCCUCGGCUCCUGGCCCCAGCACCUCGUCCUCUUCGUCACCUCCAACUCCGCUCCUCCCCUCAGAUGACGCCCCCUGUCCUCCUCACAUCAUGGCCCAGGUCUGGGUUCGCAACGUCCGGGGGAUGCAGGACAGCAAGAGCCUGGAUGAAAUCAGCCAAGCGUGCGGAGGUGGCUCUGGGGCCCGAGGCGGGGGCAGGAGUGGGCAGUCGGAGGGCCGGCGGGCCACCAUCUCCUCCGCCCUGGAGCUGGAGGGGACCGUGAGCCACGAGGGAGACCUGACCAACUUCAUCACCAAGAACCUGGAGCAGAAGAUCAAAAUGAGCUCCAAGCCCAGUCUGGACUGCAGCGACUCGGACUGUUCGGGCCCCAUCUACCGAAGCCGAGGAUUAUCCAGGAGACCGGCGGACAUUCCACCCAUCGAUCCCACCGUCCUGCUGGACCUCCAGAAACACACACAGGAAGUGGCGCACAGCGUGGAGAUGAUGAUGCGGAGCCUCAAUGGAACCAUCCAGAAUAUGACAGCUCUGAGUGUGGGCUACAUCCAGACCUACCGGGACUCGGUCGACAGCCUGGGAGAGUCUGUAGACAUGAGCAUAAAGGGCAUGUACACGCUGAUGGCCCGCUGCGAGGAGCUGGACCGCUCCAUGCAGCCCAUACACACCCUGGCGGCACAGAUCCGCGACAUCAAACGCACCCUGGACGCUCUGGAAGCCAUCUGCAAGUAACGCUGCCUCCCCGGUACGAUCCCACACAUCCCCGCUUCAAAGACCCGACUCCGAGCACGUCCCCAGCGAGGACGUCUGCAAGCAGCUCGCUCCUCUGCAGGUAGCACACACACCGAGGCAUCGUGCACCUCCGGAGUCGUGGAACCAUUGCUACUAGGCAUGACGGAUGAUUGGCACUCAUACUUCCUCUGUCCUUCGUUUGGAGAUGACCAUGUCUGCGUCGUGAGGUCUCAAAUGAAUCCUACUUAAUUCGCUCUCGGAGCGCAGCUUGUUCUCCUCUUUUUUUUCUUUUUUUUUUUCCCAACCCAUUUCCCUCUAAUCAAGUUGUCAAGAAAACCAAAUCUCACAAAUUAAGACACGUGUGGAAGAACAAGCAUUAACAAAUCCUGGGAUACGUUUGGAGAGACAACCUCUUCUACAAGUUUACGGUGUCAGGAGUGGGAUUUCCUCCGUCCAGCCCGCUUGGUUCAGAUUGCACUAACCUCUCCUCCCCACACGGGGGCGGCGUUUCUCUCUUUGUCUCGUGGAGAGGUGAGAAUAAACUGCAGAGAAGACAGUGACUUUUGCACAGGAACUGAAAGUCUAUUUUUUAUCUUAUGCAACAAAGAUCCAGCUCUUUCACUGCAGGCUGAAAUAGGGAAGAGGAGCAUCUCGUCUGUCUGUUUUUAUGUGUUUGUUUAUUUAUUCACUGUGUCAGCAUGCAUGUGUGAUCGAAAACUGUCUCUGUGUCAUCGGGAAGAAGCGCAGUCAGUACUGAGUACUGUGUAUUGAGCUCCAUCAGUACUGUUUCAGUCUUUCAUCCACUCAUAUAUGUGCAGAAGAAGCUUUUAACAUGUAAAUCUGAGACCUGCUGCUCUGAAGCCGCCUGGUGAGAGGAUCAGAGCAGAACUGUCCCUGAUGUAGCCUUCACACUGGCUCUAUUAGCAUUAUUUCUAAAAUACUCUUUUGUGGAAAACUUUCAAUACUUGGAAUGAGUUUCUAAUGGGAUCUGUAAUAAUGGAUAUCAAGCCACAACAUGCAGGAUUACCUCCAGUGGAACUGAAAUAGUUCAACUCUUUUCUGUUCUGUAUGAUAUUACCUUACAAGUCAUGAAAAACAAAAGUACAACACUAAACCGGACAGCGCAAUUAUCACAAUUAAAACUCUGUAUGAAUAUUGAAAUAACUGGGCUAACGCUUUACUUUACAGUGUCAAAGUUGAGAUUCAGUUGUACAAAAUGUUGUCAUCCCCAGCAAAUAGGAACAUUUUCAUUUUCAGGCUGAUUUCUGUGCAUCCCUGCUUACAGUACGUCACAUAUGCAAGAUCACUUUGUGUGUUUCUUGAGGGAAAUGUGUUUGUGUUGCUGAGCUGUCGGCCUGCGUCUGAAGGCAGCUGGAGAGCUCUCGCUCCUCAGCUGGAACCCGGGUAAUAAAGUCAAAAGGAGAUAUUUUACCAAGACAAAUGGGAGGCCUCAUGUCUGGGGGAUCAGUGAGUAUUUUCUUCAGUCUGUCACUCCUUCGGUCUGUGAGCGUGGUCGUGGUUCAUAAUGGCUGUUUCUGUUUCAAACAAAUAACCUGAAGAGGCUUUAAUAACUACAUUCCCUUCACAUCAAGUAAGCGUUGUAUGGACACAAUAUGCAAAGACUGACUCCAGCGUUUUUAAUUAUUCACACACAGACCGUUACACAACCAAAGGAAACUACUUGAAAGUACUUUUUAUUUCCAGGAAAUCAAGUAGCUGACAGUGUGCCAAGUGUCUUUAAUUGGAUUGUGUCGGUGCGGUUUGAGCUCGGCCUCACUGAAGACAUGACUGCUUUUCAAAACAGAAGUUAAAUGAGUCAUCAAGAAUAGUUGCAGGAUUUGAACACAAACCUCAAGAUUUCCUCAUAGAUUGUGGGAAAACUUCAGCGUCAGUCAUUCAUUGACCUCAAUCUUUAAAUGCAACUUUAUUAAUUAACAGUCAACAAAAAUCUUCAUGUCUUUGCUCAUCAAAACUUACACGAGCGUCACUCCAGCUGUUCUGCAGAAUCUUUCUUCAUCAUAGCGAAGACUGGACUUGAAUUUAGAUAAAGUUUGGAGUCCGUAAUCAGCCUUUUGAUGUCAGCUGACACGGACUUUCACCAUUUUAAAGGUAGUAUUUGUUAAUUCACUGAAUGAUAAAUAAAGAUGAUUUUGAUGGU